AUGUCUUUCGCCGAUCUUACUAAGAGCUUGAGCGACAUCGAGCGCAAGGUCAACAAGUCCAUCAAGAUUCUCGGAAAGGGCAACGACAUCAACUACAAGGAUGCCAUCAAGCUGGGCUCCAAGUCAAAUUCAAUCGUCAGCACGAUCAACAAGGGCAUCAAGGACUACUCGAACUUUGACCCCUCCGAAGAUGAAGCGAAGAAACUUUUGGGACAGAUGAGCACCAUCGUCGACUUGACCGAGACCCAACUGAGCGCCAUGGUGUCGAACCAGGCCCGUUUCGAGAGCUUGAAGGUCGGUGGUCUCGUGAAGAAGAACGUUGCCAAGACCGAGGCAGCAGGCAAGGAGCUCUCGGCGGUCAUGAUUGCCAAGGCUCCCGCAAGUGUCAAGGGCGAUGCUGAGGCACUGGAGAAGAGACGCGAAGCUGCCUUCAGCAAGGCUACUGGAGCAUUCGCCGGAUCCACUGGUGGCGAGGAUGAGCAACUCGGAGACGAUUCCGACUAA